GGGGCGGCCCAGCGCGGGUAGGGCGGGCCCGGGGCGGCGCUCCGCUGGGCCCGGUGACCCCAUUGCGCGUUCCGUGCUGCCGGAGGCGGUGCGGCCUGUCCGUCACUUAAUAGAAAUGAUUUGCUUAUUCUUUCAAGCUCGUAGAGCGACUGAGAUUUAAUGUGGUUAAUGCCUGGUUUAAUGUGGCUACUAGGGGAAAUUAAGAUUCAGUGCUGCCUUAGGUGGUUUAUUUAGAGUUUGAUUUGCUAGUGAUUAUCUUGUACAGUGCUUAUCUGAAUUUUGGGUAGUGUCUCUCAAACCCUGUGUAAUGGGAUUCUGGUUGGUGAGUAAGGGUAUCUAGGUUGUUCUUGGACUUCCACCAUUUUACACCAUAGGGUAAUAUAGGUAACAUAUGUCAUCCACAAACGAAAGGGUACCUCUGAAAUGAUCUGGCAUCUGCCACUGAGUGAUACUCCAAGAAGAAAUGUGGUGUCCAUGCCAUGAGGGUCUGAUCAAACCUCUGGGUACAUGUGAGUGCACUCUAUCAUCCCCCUCAAGUCUACUACUUAGUCAUAAGUGUUUGCAGCUGAGAAUGUUGUCUUUACAUUUUUAAUUGUUCAUGUCUGGAGAAUGCAUUUUGUCUUUUCCAGACUGGUUUUGCUGGUCUAGCCUUGUACAAGCAGCCUCUUUGAGGAAAACACAGGGAUAACUUUCAAAGGAAGAAAAAAUGGAUAAUUUAUGGCUUUAUUUUGAUUAACUUUUAUUAUCAGAGUUGAAUUUAUGAUACUGAGUUAUAUAAUAAAUAAAUUGAAGAACAUUAUCAACAUGUAACUUAUUUUUUCAUGUAGUGAGGACAACUGUGAAAUUGUCUGUAUUUAUGGAUUAUUCAGAAUCUGUGGAGGCACCUACUUUGAUAAAAGUUUUGGAUAGUGAAGGCAUUUUCUGAGAUCUAAACAAGUGAGACAAUUAUAAAUUAAAUUGAAUGACCCAUGGUGAGGCUGUCAUUUCUCCUGUGCCACUGGGAUAGUUUUCUAGCUUGCUUUAUCUCUCCACACACUGGUUAGAUGCUUUAAAAGCAGGAGGUGAGCGACUUAACAGUGACUUUCACAGUAGACUUAAUUUUUGCACACUUGGUCCAUUGGGGGCACCACUAGUGUUAGUACCAGAGGGUGGAGAGUUCUCACAGGCAGAACACCAAAGCAAAAUGAUUUAAUAAUACUAAUAAUAAUUAACCAGUUUGUCUGACAGCCUCGCUGCCUGGACUGAGAGACCCCCCACGUGUGGGGGAUGAGGCUCUGGCUGCCCUGGUGAUGGAGGUGUUUGCAGACAGGGAGGGGUGACAGAGCCAGCUUUAUACCUCUGUGCUGCGGGGCUGCUUCAUCUGAGAUGGCUCUUGCUGGCUGCUGAGUCACACUCCUGGGGCUGUGAUGAGAGAUGUGGCAUUUAGUGGCACUUUAUUGCAUGUUGCUGACUUUGGGUGUGGGCGUGGAGUGAUCUUUGCAGAAGACAAUGAUUGAUAUGACCUUCUGCAGUGCACAGCGUGUUUUGUUAACAGCAUUCUUGAGGGUGGAAAGCACUAAAGGAAACCAAGCACAGACCAAGUUGUACAAUGCCGUAUUUCUGAAACCAUAAAACUCCUUCUGGUGCCCUUAAUAAAGCUGGAGGCGUAAUUCAAUAGCGUUAUUUAUAGAGCAGGUCAGCGUGGAGCCCUUUUUUUCACAUUUCUCUGGACUUGAGGCACUAAAACAAGGGCCAUCCCUGGAGCUGCAGUUUGGUGCAUCAGCUAUUGCUUGCGCAUCUACUGCCAAAUGCACCAUAACAAAAGCAUAUUUCUACACCAUUAUCUGCCUAACACACGUACUCUAUUUAUCCUUGCUUUGUAGCAAUGACUAUCACUUUUGAGAAAUGAACCCUUCUUUCCUAGAAUGCUUGUGUUGUCAUUUACUGACAGUAUUUUAGGGAUCUUUUUAUGAUGUCAUUAUUUAUAUUGCAUAGUAGUGCUUAGAAACAAUAAGCGGGCUUGGAAGCCACCUCUUCUGGCCAUAAGACACCCUUUUAAGCUUUUAUUUCAGCUUAGAUCUUGCUGUAGACUUAAGGAAUUCACAGUUUAUUUCACUUGAAAUAAGAAAUAUCCCCUCCAAAAGCAUCUGUAUGCUCUUGAUGUCAUCUGAGUCUCCUGGGUGUCUGAAGGCCUUGAAUGCAUUAACAGCCUAAAUUAAGUUAUUGCAUUAGGCUCAUAAAAUCAAAGAAUUCAGUCUUAAACUUGAGGUAGAGUAACCACUAUUGGAAAAAGAGAAACCUAACAGGUGGAAACAUCUUUCAGCACUUCAGAGGUGCUUUUGCUGGAGCUGGUUUUAAUUAGAUAAAUUAAUUUGGCUAAAGUUGGAGUUUAUAGGUCCUCACAAAACAUUUCUUGAGGUGUUUUCUGUAGGUGCUUCUCGUUCUUCGUGGCAUUUUUUAAUGUCUAUACUCUAAUGACAGAAAAUUUGAGGUAGAAGCUAAGUUUUUUACGUUCUCAUUGCAGUCAGUCAUCUGUUCUGGAGAAACUGGCUGCCAACUGUAGUUGCUAGAACUUGUCACUUUCCAUUUUUCUGUGAAUUGCUUCAGUAAAUGAUUCAUUACAAGAAGUGGAACCAGUGCUCCAUAACUACUGCAGGUCUUGAUUUCAGCUGCAGUGUUCCAAGGAAGCUCUGUCUUCCCUCCUCUGAGCUUCCCCCUGGUGCUCAAGUAGGGGUGCAUUAAGGGUGAGAUUUCUUUUUCAUGUUCUCAACGCGAAGCUUUAAGAAACGAGUUUUGAGCCCUUCAUAUGUGACUUAAUAACUUAACAUCUCCAUUGGGAAAAGAAUCUCUUAGAGAACUUGCCUUGGCUGACCUCUGAGCCACGGAUAAAGACUGGAUUGCUGUGCUAAAUGCUGCCUAUGUUAGAGAAAAUCUUACAGAAGAGGAAGGAUGGGGAGAAUGCAUGCCAAGUUUUUCUUGGUGCAUUCAUCCAUAAGCAGAAAUGGUGGUUGUUUUCUUUUUUUUAACCUGGUUUCUUUCUAUGGAAAGAAAGUUCUCAGGUUUUUAUCAUGUUUGUUCACAAUCUGCAAUCUGGCUAAGUGUGACAUAAAGCACACAAAAACUUUUGUGCCUGUAUUCUUUUCAAGAGAAAAAUAAAUACAGCAAAACCAAACACAGGUGAAACUGAUAGAAGUGCACGGCCAAGUUCAAGGAAUCAGUGACCCUGUAGAUGAGGAAUGGAUUUAUGGUAUUGUUGUUCCGGAUAGUAUGGUGUGUGCUUACUUGGGAACAGGUUGGUCCUGUACAUGGCAUAGCUUUAUUUGUUGUUUCAUUGUAAACUGGAAUCUUUGUGCUGUUAAAAGAUCACUGGGCUAGAGUUUUUUGGGCUAUGAAAGAUGCAUGAAGAGUAGUCAAUUUGUGAGAGGCUGAUGAAAGACUGUUUUCUUUCCAGUAGUAGUAAGUAUGAGCAAAUGAAGAUUUGAAUUUCCUCUUAAGUUUGUGGUCUGAAUGUUAUCCUUUUCACUGCAAUUAUCUGAGGAAAUGAGAGGAUGAUAACAAGUGUUGAAGCCAUUAUCAAAUGGCAUUAGGUUCCACGUCUGUCGUGCUCUGCCUCUGACGAUGCAUGUUGCUAUCAACAGAUAACAGACUGCAGCCAUGCAAAGUGUCUUCAGAAAGACAGUAUCUUGUAGGCUGGUUGUUAAAAAUUAGUAUCGCUUCUGUGUAGUUAAAGCACAUGUGGUAUGGAUGAACAGCAUGGACUUUAGUGAAGUGCUUAGGAGGAUCAGUAGAAAGCUUUGGAAGUAAAUGAUGUUCCACAUAUGCAAGGAUAAACACUUUUCUAAGACAUUGAAAGCUAUGAAUUCCAUCAAAAAACUGUUGCCUAAUUAGCUGUAGCUGCAAGUUACCUGGAGGGGUUUUAGGUAGAAUCAUAGAAUCACCAAAGUUGGAAAAGACCUACAUGAUCAUCCAGUCCAACCGUCUGUAUUACAGAGAUAACUAAUUAGCAAGUACUGGAGAAUACUAGGACUUUUUCAGGCUCUGAACUGACUUCACUUUGGAGCAAAUGCAUGCUUUCAUGGUACUUUAGUUGGCUGAGACUUAUUUGCUGUAUCAUCACUUAAAGAAUGCAAGUUAUUGAACAUUUACAAAAGUUACUGCUGCUCUUAGAACACUUACUACUUUUCUUUAUGUAUUGAGACAAAGCCACAGUUGUGAUCUGGUAUCGACGAGUAGUUUCUGUUGACUAAUUUUUGUUUGAAUUUACAAGAAACUUUAAUGACAGACUCCAAUACUCAGUUUGUCUUUUCAGGAUGCAGCUGUGUAUGUUUCCUUUCACACACUCAGCACUAGAUGAAAGAUGAAAUGCCCUAUUCAUGAAGAAGUACUUACCCAGUACUUAUGUACAGAUGUGAUAUGUUUUUCCAUCCGUUUUAAUGCAUGUCUCACAGAGAAGGUACCAUAUGAGUCAUGAUGGCAAAUUUCAGAUGACAGGGUUAAGAUAACAAAGUUUAUGGAGAAAAUUCAGUUUGGAAGUGGAGGAAAAUCCCUUUUCCAGUCAGAAAAUCAGAAGAGCAACUGCUAGCAUAUACUCUAGGGUUGUCAGAACAAUAUUGUGUUUAAGUACUGCAUCAACCAAUCUCCUUCAGAAAGGCUGCCUAUUUAUUGAAGCAUGAAGGUGUAUCGAAGGGAUUCUAGUAGAUGCCCUUUUGUAGUACUAUUGUAAGCAGAUAAAUUUUACCAAACCAUAAGAUGAACGGGUACUGAAGGCAUCAUAUUAUGCAUAUUCUAUUUAUUCCAUAUAAUGUUAUUCAUCCCUCAAAAGCAUCCUUAAAUUAGCAGCUGAUCUCUCACAGCCCACAAGUUUUAGCCGUUCCUACUGCCUACUGUUUGCAAAGUGACAGAAAGUAUUAGAUUUCAGAUGGUGGAAAGGAUAUGUUUCUCACUUUAAAUCAACUUGAGAUAGCAGCUGCUAAAAUCAAGUAAAAUCAAAUGUGUAAAAAGAACAAGAUGGUAAUCAGAGUAACAUAACUGUGAAUGCCCACUGUUUUGCAGCAUGCUGAGGCUAAAAAUGCUUGGCAAGACCAGUGGAAAUACUCUGCGAACAUUUAUCUCCCACGUGUUGGUUCUCGACCCAUAAUCAAUGCAAGAGACAAAGACCUGUGCUGAAAAUAACUCUUCAGCACUGAAAGAUAUCUUCCUGCAAAUUCAGCUGUGCUAUACUCUGUGUCUUUCUUGAAUAAGAUUCGCCAGAUGCUCUGAAUGUGAAGAUUGAUUUUUCUUCAGCACAGUGAAGCUUUGGUGUGGAUCUCACCUUAGGGGUGUGGAUGGCGUAAGCCUAAAUCUGAGGCAGUCACUCGACUCUCAUGUUGCAACCAAUGCAAGGAAAGAGAAUUUCCAAGGAUGUGGCUUUUCUUUUGGCUGCUCCCAACAGAUGACUGUCCAGUUUGAUUGGACUGCGUGUAGGUCUGUGGCAUCUACUUUCCUAAUGAAUUUCAUUUCUUCUGAUUUCCGGUUUUCUGAAGCGGGUCUUUAGGUGUGAGUGCAUCCUUAGGGUGGAUGUGGCUCUGGGCAGCCUGGUCUAGUGGUUGGCGACCCCGCACAUGGCAGGGGGGUUGAAACUAGAUUAUCAUUUUAAUAGUUUCCAACCUAGGCCAUUCUGUGAUUCAAUGAGUUUCAGCUCAAACACAACUUUUUGAUGUUUUUGGGGAAAAUAAAAGUAUGGAAUUGCCAGAUGGAUACUCAGUUUGGCUUGCCACCCCCAUGUAAAUUUAUAAAGCUGCUAGGUUAAAAUUAGAUUGAACACACCCAGGAAACACUUAUUUUUGAAUGAGUUCUGGUUUGUGCAGGCAGAUACAAGCAGCGUUGCUUCUCCAGGUUAAUGCUCUAAUAAUGUGCACUUCAGAGAUAUUGUUUUUGAAAAAGCUUUGAGAACAGACUUUUACUUGCUUCACUGCAUUAAUCACACUCUUGUUUAUGAGUCUGGUAAGUGGUAUGAGACUGUUGCACUAUAAUUUAAAUUUAUAUAAGUAUAUCUCUGCCAUUAGGAUGUCUGUAUUUAACAUGGUAAGUCGUGGAAGGAGGUUAAAUGGUUGGAUAUUAGGAAAAUUUUCUUCUCUGAAGGAGUGGUGAUGCAAUGGGACAGCUGCCCAGGGACUAUUGGGGUCACUGUCCCUGGAGAUGUUCCAGAGCUGUGGGGAUGUGGCACUGAGGGAUGUGGGCACAGUGGGGGUGGGCUGGGGUUGGGAUUGGGGAUCUGAGAGGCCUUUUCUAAGCCAUGGGGAAAUUCUCUUUGUUUGUCUUAGGAAUGACAGGACAGCACUGGGGACAUCUUUUCCUUCCAGGUUAUCUUUUUUUGUGGGUUAUAUGUGCUACAGUUUUAGGAUUAGCACUUGCCCAGUGCUCAAGAAGAGCUGUUAUCUGCCCAGGGUCUUGCUGUGUGCUGUCUGACUGCCUUGAAGGCUGUGCAGCCCCACAGUCUUGUUCUUCAGUGAAAGAAAGAGCUUGACCCAAGCUCAGUGCUGAACUUCACUCUUAGUGGCUUGGAAGCACUCGGUGCUGUAGUAUGUGUGUUCUGUACUCACUGUAUCAGGACUACUUGGUGCCCUGGUGUGAGCAUGGAGAGCAAUUUUUGCGUGGUUAGAUAAAGGUGAUGGAAACAAACGCUGUCCUCACCAAAGCCAGCUGUGCAGGAAUGAAAAAAGGCAUAUCUCUUUUGAGCAAGUUGCUCCAGAAGAGCACUUUUAAGUGAAUCACAGCAAUGCCUGUCCAGGGGCUCAGACAAGAGAGCAGGCUUGGGAGUCUGAAAAGAAAGCGGGAUGGACAGCAGCCAGAAAGAAGUGCAUGAUAAAAGAUAGCCUGCAUUUAGUAAGUGAAUUCUUCCAGUACUACCGCAGCUCUUUGCCUCUGGAGCUUUCUGAAGAUAAGUACUUAUUUGUUUUUGAUUACAGCUCCACUGCAGGGUGUACGGGAGCUGUAUUUAGAUAUGAAAGCUUUUCCUACCUGUCUCCCCCCACCUCCUGGAUUUUGAUGAUAAAAAUACUUGGAGUGGAAGAGUCCUGUAUCAGAUUAAGCCCUUGUUGCAUGUUUCUGUGUUUAAUUAGAGCUUUUAGAGGGAAUGCCACUGAUUUGCAGGAUAACUGUGUGAUUUAUUCUUUGAAAGUGCAUGUGGGCAAUAAGUUUUGUCAUCGUGAAGAACUGUGAUAUGCUGUGCUGAAAAUAAAACUUCAAGGGCUGUUUAAUCUUAUUAAAUACGUAAUAAAAGCACUCGUGGCAGAACCAGGCUUAUCACUUCUGCUGUGCCUGAAGAUGUAUUUUGGGUGUUUCCUUUGCCUCUACCAUGAGUUCCUCGGUUGUUUUCCUUUUGCUUCAUAACAAAAGAAAAUGCAUAUGGCAAAUCCAACCUGAAGGAUUUUCAGUAAUUAUUAAAUUGCUGAGCAGUCUAACCUCCUGUCUGUUUUGAUCUUAUAGUUUAUACGGGAUGUCUUUCUGCAGAUUUAAGAAAACAUGUUGUUUUUUUUUCCCAUCAAGGGAUAAAAGUUAAUUGACAUUAACACUGGUACUUUGCGUCUCUUCUGGCUUGUGGUGAUUUGGUCACAUUCAGUGAGGGUCCAGCUGCUUUGGUAGCUGUUAAAUAGAUCUGAUUUCUGCUUGUAUUCUGAAUGCCACAACUUUUAAAUCUGGUUCAUUACUUUUGGGAAAGGAAUCUGUGAGCCGUACAGAAUGGAUGCAUCACUCUCUCUGUUUUUGUGGAGUGACCUCAAGAACUGUGUAGGCUAUAUCAGGUGGUUGCUUACAGUAACCAGUGAGUAAUAAUAAUAAUAAAAGAUACUGAACUUUGACCAUGCAUAAUGUUUUAAGCUAGAUUCAGACUUAAAAUUGCUCUUCUGUGAGAAGGCAUGCACUGCUGUACUUAAUGUAAAGAUGAAGUUUUUCUACAGUGCACAACUUUUUCCAUAUUCAGUAUAAACCCCAAGGAGGUUGUGGAUGCUCCAUCCCUGGAGGCAUUCAAGGCCAGGCUGGAUGUGGCUCUGGGCAGCCUGAUCUGGUGGGUGGUGACCCUGCACAUAGCAGAGGGGUUGGAACUGGAUGAGCAUUGUGGUCCUUUUCAACCCAGGCCAUUCUGUGAUUCUAUGAUAAAUCCGUUAGUGUUUCUCUAGCAAUCUGCUAUGUGGGAUGAAUAGAAAAUAAGUGCAGUGAAAGGAUGAAUUGCUGGAGAUAUUGCACGUAGCAGGUGAUGUCCUUUGAUCAAGUGCUGAGCAGCCAGUGAGCACUGUAGGCAAAAUUCUGCUCUGAUUUAUUGUUACAAAUGCAUGAAAAAAAACAUUUGCUCCAUACUUCUGGAGGAGCAGUGUCUUAAACACAGUGGUGUGACCUCCAUCUGGAUGUGGGGUGAGGGAUUCUCCAUGCGUGGGACAUGCGGUGUUAGCGGCCUGGUGGCUGGCAGUGGUGAUUUUUCUUCUUUCAGGGUUUUCAUUGCAGAUGAUGCCCUAAGACUCUACACUUUGCUUCAGCUCUUAUCUUUGAUAUAAAUCUUGCAUGGGAAUUGUUUUUGGAAAAUGCCCUUGUGCGGAUCUGCAGUAAUUACUGACUAGGCCUCGUCCCUGCUUUAAACGUGGAGGAAUGCAGCCCUUGCCUUGUAAACCUUAAUUCUAGUUUAGGUCUAACUGAGAGGCUAUGAUGUGCUUUGGUGUUUAUCAGUAGGACAGAGGCUGGCUGUCCUCAGAUCUGUUUGGUUUUUCUGUCCGGACAUUUUGAUUUGCACUUAAAGAAAUGAUGGGCCUGAUUCUAGGUCAACAUAACACAAGUGAAUUGUGAAGAUGCAUCUUUUUUUUGUUGUUGGAAAUUCUUAGUGAUGUGUUUUCUACUGAAAAAGUUUGACUUAAAAGUGGGCUGUAUCGGGCUGAAUAGUUAUUUUCACAUUUUCAAGGCAAAUCAAACAAUAACACAUCAGAACAUGAAUGUGAACAUUACUCCAACAGUGUUCAUUCCCUAAUUAAGUGGUGACUCGAAUUAGUAACUAUUUCCUGAGCACCGCUGGACAAAUAAUAAGAGUGGGUCCUUAUUUGAUUGAAGAUAGUGCUGUUGUUGUGGUUUUAGAGAGGUUGCAGGUUUUUUGCAAAUAGGGGGUUUUGCUUGUUCCCUUCUUGCAUUUUCUUGGGAAGUUCAUUGAUGAGUCAGGAACAGAGCUUGUUCAGACUAGAUCUUGGAGAAGAAACCAUCUGGGUUAGGGAAGAAGCCUCAAUUCUUUGUUGUUUUUUUCUCAAGAUUGGCAAUUUAGUAGCAAUUCAGGAGGUUUGCUUUGUCUCUAAAGGCUUCAGGACUGCAUCCUUGAAAGAGUAUUGUGCUCUUGAACAAGUGCUCAGCAGUUGUCCAACAGGCUGAAUGUAUAACUAUGGGCUAUGACCACUAUAUCCUGGCUUUUAAACUUCAACUGUUUCUCAAGUGUUUGCUUUAAAAUAGUCUGUGGUGGCUUGAUGUCAUUUCUUGGCAGUUGCAUUUAUCUAUAUAUAUUAAUACAUAUAUAUAUAUGCAUUAAUGUUUUUGAGCAAAUGGAGGAGCUACACAACUUCAAUCUGCAAGAGGCUGCUGAGCUGUUCUAAAACCUCUGCAGGAGCAUUUUUGAAUUAUUCUUUUAUUUUACACUUAUUUGUAUAUCUUGCAAGGAGGUUGCAGAGAUCAGCGAAUCAAGAUCCUCAUUUUAUUGACUUAUCAUUUUUUUUGGCAGCUGUUUGAUUUCUUUGAGGUAAAUAGGGGAGAGUUCAGGCAAAGUUUACUUCCAGAAGUGCUAACUUGAGCAGCCAAACGUGUACAAUAAGCAGGACAGAGCAAAUCCACAAUUAUUCCUCUCCUUUCCUGAGCUUGUUUUCUUUCCUAUAGACCCAGUUUUUAUUACUCGUACUGUUUGUUUAUUGAAUGGCUGCCUCCUGCCCACUGACAGGAUGAACUUCCUUGCACUGUUUGCACAAAUACCUUGGCUUGCCCUGAUGAGAUUGCAGAGCCCAUCUGUGGGAGGUGUUUGAGGGGGUGUGCUUUGGCUGGAUUUCUUCUCAUCUGGCCUGUGAGUUGGUGGAUGGUUUCGUAAUUCGUCUUAGAUGUUUUCAGAUUGUGACUUGCCCAACAGGACAACCUUCCCAGAUCACGUCUUGCAGUGACACUGAUGUCUCUGUCCCUGGUUCCUGCCUCUGUUCAUGGCCAUUAGUGAGCCUGGCCUAACUCAGUGAAAGAAUGUACAAGCAGGUAUUUAUAGAUUUCUCCCAUCCCCAACUCUUCAAGCUUGUGGGAAUUGGGGAUAGCAACCAUCAAUAUAUUUAUUUAUUGUUUAGCGUCUUCUAAAUGCUUUUUAACUUUUGGCCUUGAUGAGAUCCACGUUUUAAUUAUAUUGUGUGAAGAAAGGAAACAAAGUGAUGUGGCUCCAUUGAUAUCAAACAGGGAAAAACUGUUAUACAUUGAUUUGGGAAAUAUGUUGCUGGUCUACUUGAAGUGUGUUUACUAUGGGUUCACAGCGUGACACUCUUUGAUGUGGCAGCAGGAAAAGCUGAGCAUAUCUAAAGAGUAACAAGGCUAAAAGAAAAUGCAGAAUUAAGCCUACUAGCAAAAAUUUGUCUUCAUUUUAAAGAAAUAGGAAGAAAGAGUACAUUAAAAAUUAAGAAUGGUGACCUGACAAGUAGAAGUUGUAUGCUGAGAUGUCCAGAAGACAUGUGUGCGUGUUUAAAACCCAUUCCAUCCGGUUUAUGUUAUUCUCGAGGAAGAAGAUUUUGGUUAUAUGAAUGAGCAUAUGAAAGUAACUUCUUUUCAUAGUUGUUUUGAUUAGUCUUCCCUUACAAUCCUUUAAAAGAAAGGAGGAUGAUUAUAUUAAGUCUUUAUUUAAAGUAAAUAAAAUGAAAUUUCAAGUAUUUACUAGAUAGCAUUUGAAAAUACACAAGUAAUGAAAAAUCUGAUGUUUUAUUCCUGGUGGGAUCUAUCUUUUUAUCCUAUUUAGCUGCCCUUUGGGCAAUAAUUAAGAUAUGAUGGAUACUCUGUAUUCAGUCCUCUGGCUGCCCAGCGUGGGCAGUAUGGGGCAGUUUUACAUAAAUAAGGAGCUGUACAGGGAAACUAGCAACAUAAAAUCUGGUUUUAAUAGUCCUAUUAAAUCCUGUUAUCUGUAUUAGCUGGAGUCUGUUUCAGUUUAAAGAAAUGAUGUGGGACCCGUUGGCUUCAGCAGGGUUUUAUUGACAUUUGAGAUAGCUGUUCUUUUUUUUUCUCAUUCUGGUGUGUUGUGUCUCUAUUAUAUUUAUGUCUCCUACUUAAGAGAUCCCCCAAAUAUUCUCAUUAUUAAGAGGAGGGUUGAUUUGGCCAAGGCACUUGAAAAUACUUCUGUGGAUUCCAGCUUUGUCAGCUGGUAUAUAUUUAUUUACAUGCAUAGACAUGAUCAUAAAUAAUUCACCAUUCAUCUCAACAAGAGGAAAUUGCAUGCUACAUUAUUCAAGAAUGUACAAAGACACUGCUUGUUGUGUAAAGAGUGUAAGAUUCUUCCAGUGAACCGACAGCAGUUUUGCAACUAAAGUAAAAAGACAUAAAUGGUUUAUUACCAACUCAACUCUCACAGAUUUUCUUCUGUCUGCAAUUUGCUUCCUACUUCAGUCAGUAUUGAAAUACAAAAAAGGUAAAACUGUGUCUGUGAUUACAACUGCAGGAAAUGUUGAAUGGGAAAAGUGACAAAGAGAUGCUUUGGAUUGCUUUGUUUUGUGGGAUGAAUGAGGAAAGCUUGGGCUGCUUACACUGGGGAAAAUCCUGAUGUGCAUCUUGCACUGCAUAGUGAAAGAAGGGGGAAUGAAUUUAAUUAAAACCCCUCGGUGAAGAAAGGGAGUGGCUGUAGGGAAUUAUGUUAUGGCUUUCAUGUGUUCAUUACUGUGGGUUUUUAUGACAUGAACACGGCAGUGGGAAAUCCUAUAAAAUGUAAGUCUGCAGCUAACACUUACAGUUCCAUCUCUCUGUGUCCUAUUAGCUGAGCAUUGUCAUACUGCCCUGUGGUAGGUCUUCAGAGAUCAUCUAAUGAAGCAGCUUGUUGCAGUGUGUAAGCUGGCAGAGUUAUGGUUGCUGAUGGCACUUCAAGUAUUCCUCCUGACUGGUGUGAUUAAGAUCUCAGUUAUGCUUAGGCUACAGCAUAUUUCUUUCUUUUGCCCUUGUAUCACCUUCCCCAUAAAGCAUUUUCCUCAGCUUGCAAAGAUGUAGUUAGCAAGAUUUUUCUUUGCGUCUAUAAUAUAUUCACUGCACCUGGCGGGGGUUCAAUAAAUUCCAGUCCAUUUUAUUAACAUGCAAAUGGACAUAAAAUUGUAUGGAGAAGCUUAUGCAGCAUCUGUAUGAUCCUGUGCUAUGGAUCCAUUAAUGUAUCUCUCAUGGCUCUUUUCAGAACUUCGGGAAUUAAUGUCAAGUACCCAAACCUUGAAUUGAUUGUGCGGGAGUGUCUCAGAUCAAUCUGUUCAGCCACUAACACCAAGUUGCACAGCGCGGAUCCUUGAGAACAUCUCUGGGACGAUGAAGUUUCCAGGAGCAGCAGCCUGGUUUGGAAUCUGAGUGCUUUAAGAAUAUCUGGGAAUUUCUACCCACAUUUGCCUAUUCCAAUAUAAAUCAGAGGACAAUGAAUUCAUUUUGCUUUUUGCAUAUUUUCACACUAUGUAACAAUUUUUCUUCUUUCCCAUUUUGUUCAAUGGGAAAAACUUGAGCCAACGGUGCAGCUGAUUCUCGCUUUGCCACGUUCCUCCUCCUGAGCCAAAUUCUUGGAAACCACGUCCACAAAACGUCUAUUUUUGUAGCUGGUGUUCUUUUUUUUCUGCGUAUGCCACAUGUCGCUUUUGGAGUGCUUCUAACUAUUCUGGGUUGAACCUGCCCUUCUAUAUUGAAGAGAAUUCAUAGAAUCACCCAAGGAAUUAAAUAAUUUCAGUCUUGCAGAAGAUGACUCAUGCUUCAGAAACGUUUUUGUGGCUGUCCUUGGCUUGUUAAUACAGGAGUUUAACAGUAUUAAUAUGAGGCAUUGCAUUAAUUGUUGCAUACACUUAUUACCAAAUGACUUGCACAGGCAGUGUUUCAGAUGCCGCGGCCAUAGCCACAAUAACCAGAAGUGUCCUGUUUGCAAAGGAGAAAAUAGAAUCCCUUUGUACGCUGAUAGCAAGCAGAUGAAGUUGCUUGCAGUUUUGGAAGUAAGGACUGAUCACAGUGAAAGCUGGAAUGGAUUUUUCUGCUUGAAGAAGGGGAAGCUAUGCAGCUUAAUAUUUGGGUUGAUUAUAAUGACUCUAGUGAUGGCAUCCUAUGUACUGACUGGAGCCAAGCACGGCCUGUUGUUAAUACCAUCUCCCUUCCAUUACGGAGCUUUUACUAGCAAUCCAAGCUUAAUGGACAAUGAAAGCCUUAGUGACAUGAAAGACCAUUACCAGCCUUCUAAAAUUAAUAUUUCAUACAUAAAGGAUUAUCCAAGCAUUAAAUUAAUUAUUGACACUAUUACUUCAAAGAUAGAGUUUAUAACGAGACAGCGCCCUGGUUUAGAAUUGCUGAGGAAACAAGAGCCACAUAUGUUUUCAGUAAUUCCUAAUAAAUUCCUUCCAAAUAGCAAGAAUCCUUGUUGGUAUGAAGAGUACAGAGGAAACACAACCACAGACCCUUACACAACAAACUCCUAUGCACUCUAUUCAAAGCGUUUUCGAACCAUAUUCGAUUACCUCAGGAAGGUGUUUUGGAACCACUUGUACCAUUACAAGGACAAACAUUACCGGCUGCGCUGCCUCCCCCAUUUCUACAUCAUUGGGCAGCCCAAGUGUGGGACGACAGAUCUGUAUGACAGGCUUCGGCUGCACCCCGACGUUCGGUUCUCCGCCAUCAAGGAGCCUCACUGGUGGACAAGGAAGCGCUUUGGAAUCAUUCGUCUGAGGGACGGAUUUCACGAUCGCUACCCAGUGGAAGAUUACCUUGAUCUGUUUGACUUAGCAGCUCAUCAAAUUCAGGGUGUGCUGCAGAGCGAGGCAGCGAAAGAGCACAGCGAGAUGAAUAACAUCAUAAUUGGGGAAGCCAGUGCCUCCACCAUGUGGGACAACAACGCCUGGAUUUUCUUUUACGACAACAGUAGCGAAGGAGAACCUCCCUUCUUAAUCCAGGAUUUUAUCCAUGCCUUCCAGCCAAAUGCCAAACUUAUUAUCAUGCUGAGAGAUCCUGUUGAAAGAUUGUACUCCGAUUAUCUGUACUUUGCAAGUGCUAAUAAAUCUGCAGAAGAUUUUCAUGAAAAAGUGGCGGAAUCGCUGCAGCUGUUUGAGAAUUGCAUGCUGGAUUACUCCCUGAGAGCCUGUGUCUACAACAACACCCUUAACAAUGCCAUGCCUGUAAGGUUGCAGGUUGGGCUUUAUGUUGUGUAUCUUUUGGACUGGCUGACUGUUUUUGACAAAGAUCAGAUACUCGUUCUUCGCUUAGAGGACCACGCAUCAAAUGUGAAGUACACCAUGCACAUGGUGUUUCAGUUUCUGGAUCUGGGACCUCUAAGUGAGAAACAAGAAGCUCUGAUUACAAAAAGUCCUGCGUCAAACACCAGACGACCUGAAGACAGAAGCCUGGGACCUAUGCUACCAACAACAAAGGCAAUUUUAAGAGAUUUCUACAGGCCUUUUAAUACAAAACUGGCACAAGUUCUUUUUGAUGACGCUUUUUUAUGGAAGAGGACAUAACGUGUAAAUUUAGUGCCACAAAUACAGUGCUUAAAGGAGUUUUUAUUUUUUUAAAUUCUAUUUUUGUGCGUGGAUAUUUACAUUUUUUUCCCAUUCCAAAGAGAUGCUGAUUGAAGAGAUGAGACUCAUCUUCAGUCAGCACACUUCACGACAGCUAUAUCACAUUCUCCUUGUGAGAACGUAAAGCAUCUUGCUUCUCAGUUUCUUGCAACUUCUUUUACCCCAGUGGGAGUAUGGAGUGGAAAUGCAUUCAUACAAAGGUGAUGUCUUACACUCUUGGCUGGGAUGGUGAAGUGUUAACCCUAAGAUGCUGCAACAAGGAGUUAGCGUCAUUUUUUUUCCAGUUACACUUAUAAUCUCAUUUUCAGUAUAUGUAAUUCAUUCAUUUUUUCAAACUAUCAAUGUCAUGUAGUCAUUAAAUUUUUUUAAUUGAACUCA